AAGAGGGAGGAGGGGAGGGGUAGGCUGGGGGCCUUAGCCCCUCCCUGGGCAGAUCAGGCCACCCAGUGGCCUUGGGUAGCUGUAUGAGGCUGCGGGGGAAGGAGAGACUUGCUUUGGAGAUUCAGAACUGACCGGGCCAUGAGUUCCCAGGGCCGCUGGCUGGGGCUGCCACUGCUGCUGACCACCGUGGCUGGGGGUCUUGUCGGACCAGGAAGCCUGGAGAUUGCACCCCAUCGGGUCAAGAGGGGCUUCACUUACCCAGGCACACUGUGGUGUGGGGCAGGAAACAAUGCUGAGAGCUACGAGCAGCUAGGGGAGUAUGAGGAGACAGACAGAUGCUGUCGAGACCACGACCAGUGUCAGCAUGUCAUCCACCCCUUCACCGUCAACUACGGCCAUCACAACUUCCGCUGGCACACCAUUAGCCAUUGUGACUGUGACACAAGGCUGAAGCAGUGCCUGCAGCAGGUGAAUGAUGCUGCCUCCCGAGCCAUUGGUCAAGUCUUCUUCAACGUCAUCCAGGUGCCCUGCUUUGAGCUUACCUAUGAGGAGCAAUGCGUGGAGCGCUACUGGUACGGCUGGUGUAAAAGCUACGGCCCCAUGCCCCGGGCAGUGCUCCAUGACCCUGUGCUCUAUGAGUUUGGGGGACAGUUCAUCAACGUUCUGUCCCACACCUCCCCACCUCUAGGCAGGACUCCCACUCCAGGCCUCGGGGUUGCCACCCAAAGCUGGAGGGUCCAGUACUCUCCUGUACAGCCAGCAGCUCAGGAUGGUAAGGGCACCAUGAAGGGGAAGAAAAAGGGAAAGAGGAAGAGGAAGAAGGGUCUUUUGCUAACACCAGUUCCAGGCCCGGAGCCCCAGCUGGUGAAGGAGCUAGAGAGCAAAACCUCAGCACCCACGGUCAAUGAGGCAGCAGACCUGGAUUGGGGCGGCAAGGACAAUGGUUUUAAUGACCUGCUUCACGAUGAACCCAAAGCCGAGGAACCGACAGAACCCACUCCCAGAAAGACAGAGGUCAAGACCACGGCCUGGCCAAAGAAGGACAGGAGGAAGGGGCAUCGCAGGAAGAAAGAGCACAGAAAGGGCGCUGUCUCCUCGUCGAGGCCAAGCCUCAGCUGAGGAUGGGGGUUGGGGUGCAUCCAGCGCCUGGCACUCUCCUUGUGGGCUCUUUCCCUUGCUUCUCCACUGGCACUGAUGCCCAGGAACUUAGAGGGUUGCAGCCACAGAGGCACGAGCAGGGUUUUCUGGUUGCCAUCCAAAGGCUGUUAGCUACUAGAGGAACUGUGAAGAGGGAUGGGCGUGAGUGGCAUCAGGAAGACUUCUACCCUGGUGGGUGGUGGCCUUCAUUCCCUCACCUCUGGCUCACGGGGGUAGCAGGGGAAGGUCAACUCUCAGCUCUUUGACAGGGCACAGCUGUUUCCAGAGAUGGCCCAGAGCAGAAGAUACAGCUUUGCUACAGCAAAGGGAGAAAAGGGGGUAGUGGGGGGCGGAGGGGCUGCCUCUGUUCAGAGCUCCUCUUUGGGAGGGACAGGACUGACUGCUUGGUGUGACAACAGUGCUAAAACAAAAUCAUUUCACUUUC